AUGCCAGGAGCCCGUGGGGACGUGCCAGCGUGGUCUCAGGAGAGCAUCUGGGGACGUUCCUACGGCUCUGAGGUGGGUCCAGGCCUGGAGAGCGAGGAGCUGGGCCAGUCUCAGUGGCACCAGCACGAAAACCUCGCUCUGAAAGCCCAUCUGAAGGGAAGAAAUGCUUUUCUGACCCCCAGCACAACGCUGGGGUUCCCCCUGGCCCGGGGUGGAUGUGGGGGGCUGGGGGGAGGCACAGCCAGGGAUGGGGACAUUGCCAAUCCCUCAGUUCUAAAAACCUUCCCAGGGAUGGGGAAAUUGUCAAUCCCUCAGUUCCAAACACCUUCCCAGAGAUGGGGAUAUUGCCAAUCCCUCAGUUCCAAAAAACCUUCCCAUUCUAGGGGAAAUUAUCAAUCCCUCAGUUCCAAAAACCUUACCAGGGUGAGGGGAUAUAGUCAAUCCCUCAGUUCAAAAAAACCUUCCCAACCUAGGGGAAAUUGUCAAUCCCUCAGUUCCAAAAACCUUCCCAGGGUGAAGGGAUAUUGCAAAUCCCUCAGUACCCAAAAAACCUGCCCAGUCUGGGGAAUAUUGCAAAUCCCUCAGUUCCUGCAAACCUUCCCAGCCUGGGGGAUAUUGUCAAUCCUCAGUCCCCAAAACUUUCCCAUCCUAGGGGAUAUUGCAAAUCCCUCAGUUCCUGAAAACUUUCCCAUCCUAGGGGAUGUUGUCAAUCCUCAGUCCCCAAAACCUUCCCAGCCUGGGGGACAUUGUCAAUCCUGUCCCCAAAACCUUCCCAGCCUAGGGGACAUUGCCAAUCCUGUCCCCAGGACCUCCCCAGCCCGGCUGGAGCCGGUCCUGGCGCAGCCCGAGCCACACCACCCUCCUCUGGCCCAAGCCGAGCACGUUCCAGAGAACGGAGCUGGGCAGGAAGGAGCUGGGCAGGAGCCGGGCUUUCCCCUGGCCAGGGAGAAGAGGGGAGCCAGAACGAGCUCCAGGGUCCCCAUUCCUCCCGGAGUGGCAGAGAUCCAGAGCAUCCCUGCACAGCCCGCUCCUCCAAGGCUCGCUAAAUCACCCCCGGGGGCUGCUGACCCCCCGGAGCCAGGGGGACACGCCGGCGUGUUGGGAACCCUGUGGAAAAGCAGCCCUGGAAGUGCCCGUUGCCAAGGGGCUGCUCCUGCCCAGGGUCUGGGACAUGGAAAUUUGGGGAGCAGGGAGCCCGGGGAGGGGUGCACGGGAAGAGCCAAGAGGGUUAAACAAGAAAUCGCUGUACAACUCGGCCAUGUCCAAAGUCAGUAUUAUUACAAUAUACUCUGACAAAAAUAUAAUCUCAUUUCAUAUCAACAAAAAAAAAAAAAAACAAACCAAACAAACGAACAAACAAAAAAAAAAAACAAACCAGUUUUCUGUACUGUUACCAUUGCUAACAGAUUGAAACUCGCUAUUUACAGUUACAGUAGCCAGGUAAAAUACUACAGGUGAGAGACCAGAGAGAGGAGGGGCAGAGGGACAGAAGGGAGAGAAAAUCACCAGGGAAAGGGGAAAAUAAAGGGGGAAAGGCCCUCUUACACCCCGAGUGUGGCUUCCUGCAUUGGACAAGGAAGGGUGGUGGAUGGAGGUAGUGAAAACAUAAUACUUGGUUUAUGGGUGUGGUUGGGGUUUUUUGUGGAAAGGAAAACU